GUUUAACUUCUUCAUUCAGCAAAAAUGUGGAUUCAGAAAAGCACCCAGGAAGGUUGAGCCCCGAAGAUCAGACACUGGGCCGAGUGAAGCGUAUAAGAGAAGUGCUCUGAUCCCUCCUGUAGAAGAGACGGUCUUCUAUCCUUCUCCCUAUCCUAUAAGGAGUCUCGUAAAGCCUUUUUUUUUCACUGUCGGGUUCACAGGCUGUGCGUUUGGAUCAGCUGCUAUUUGGCAAUACGAGUCUCUGAAAUCCAGGGUCCAGAGUUAUUUUGAUGGUAUAAAAGCCGAUUGGUUGGAUAGUAUAAGACCACAAAAAGAAGGAGACUUCAGAAAGGAGAUUAACAAGUGGUGGAAUAACCUAAGUGAUGGCCAGCGGACUGUGACAGGUAUCAUAGCUGCAAAUGUCUUUGUAUUUUGUUUAUGGAGAGUACCUUCCCUCCAGCGGACAAUGAUAAGAUAUUUCACAUCAAAUCCAGCCUCAAAGGUCCUGUGUGCCCCGAUGUUGCUGUCAACAUUCAGCCACUUCUCCCUGUUCCACAUGGCAGCAAACAUGUACGUGCUGUGGAGCUUCUCCUCCAGCAUAGUGAGCAUUCUGGGCCAGGAGCAGUUCAUGGCGGUGUACCUGUCUGCAGGUGUUAUUUCCAAUUUUGUCAGUUAUGUGUGUAAAGUUGCCACAGGAAGAUAUGGACCAUCACUUGGUGCAUCAGGCGCCAUCAUGACCGUCCUGGCUGCUGUCUGCACCAAGAUUCCAGAAGGGAGGCUCGCCAUUAUCUUCCUUCCAAUGUUCACAUUCACGGCCGGGAACGCCCUAAAAGCCAUUAUCGCCAUGGAUACUGCGGGGAUGAUCCUGGGAUGGAAGUUCUUUGAUCACGCAGCCCAUCUCGGGGGAGCGCUCUUCGGCAUAUGGUAUAUUACUUACGGUCAUGAACUCAUCUGGAAGAACAGAGAGCCUCUAGUGAAAAUCUGGCACGACAUGAGGACUAAUGGCCCUAGAAAAGGAGGUGGCUCUAAGUAAAUCCGGGGCUGGACCUGCUGGUGCGACUAGUCCUCGCUGCCCGAGAGAGGAGCGCAUCGACCCUGAGUGACCACGCCUGUGCCCUGCCUGGGCGAUACGUGGCAGCUCGCAUCCUGGUUUUCAGCCGUAGCCCCCAGGACGUGUCUUGCUAGCAAGUGAAUUAUGACAGAGUUGUGAAAUAAACGUUUAUAUCUCUAGUUUGUAAA